UCCUAACCUCAAUAGUCCUUAAUUUUAAUGUUUGAUAUCUUGGCUCGUGAAGUAGAACGACAUUUUUUUGUCAGAUUCUUCCUUUCGUGCAAAAACGCGUCGAAUGAGUCAAAUUUUGUAAAAAAUCGAUCCGAUAAAUCAAUUGGCAAAUUGUUCAAAUGCGAUUGGUCAAUUAUCUCUUUGUUCGAAAUUUGGACCAAUUUCUAGCAUCGUGUUGCUGCGUUGCAUUGUGUACGCAAGGCUUUAGAGAGGAUGAUACAUGUACAAUGUAUUACUAAGUUUAAAAUUUAUUGAAUCUUCCCGAUAAUUAAGGAGAAUUAAAAUCAUUAAAGAUACGAGUAAUAUAGAUCCAAAACUGUAUGAAAUAAAUUUCAAAUUAUGGCUUCUUCAAUAAACACAAGCAAUUGUUUUAUAUCUGAUGAAUCUACAAACGAAACUUAUGUAAAGGAUUACACAGAAGCAGAAGCUGAAGAAUAUUUAAAGUACAUGAACAGUAAAGAUGAGGGAAAAAAGAAAUCUAUGUUAAAUACGUCAUUCCAACAAUUAAAAGACAGUCUGCAAAAACUCUACGUGGAUGAUCUGGCUAAAGUCUAUCGAGAUUGCAGUUUUACUUAUGAACCAAAAUUUAAUAAUCUACCUAUUUUGUCCUUGAAAGAUAAGAUAUUGUCAAUAAUUGAGACGAAUUCUGUAGUCAUUAUUCAAGGACCAACUGGCUGUGGGAAGACUACUCAAAUUCCACAAUUCAUUCUUGAUUCUUAUAUUAAGAAGAAACUUAAUUGCAAUAUAAUAGUAACACAACCAAGACGAAUUGCCGCAAUAAGCAUUGCCAAAAGAGUAAGCGAGGAAGGAGGUUGGCGUCUUGGUAGCCUUGUGGGCUACCAUGUGGGUAUGCGAAGGGAAAGCUCCAAGGAAACCCGUUUAACUUACUGCACCACCGAAAUUCUUCUGCAACAUUUGAUUAACUUAAAGCACAUGCUGGAUUACACGCACAUUAUAUUAGACGAAAUUCACGAACGUGAUCAACAUUUAGAUUUUCUUUUAUUAGUCAUUAAAAGAUUGUUACAAACAAAUUCUGGACAAGUUAAAAUUAUUCUCAUGUCGGCAACGAUCAGUGUAACAAAAUUUGCGAGAUAUUUCUCUAUGAAAGUAGAAAAUGAGUUAGUUCCAGCGCCAAUUAUCAAGAUUCCUGAGAGAAGAAAUUUUGACAUUCGUACAUAUUAUUUAGAUGAGAUAAAUAAUCUAGGACCCAUACCAGAAGUCUCUGUUGCGGAACCAAAGAUCACUUCAAGCAUGUACAAUUUUUGUUCGCUUAUCAUCGAUGCCUUAGAUGAAAUUGACAUAAAUGAUGAAGAAACAUUCGCCUCAGAUUCGCCUCAGAGACAUGCCGUUCUUAUAUUUUUACCCGGAAUUUAUGAAAUUGAAGAAUUAUAUAAUUACUUGUCAUCAAUUUACCAUCAAAAUAAAUUAUGGGACAUAGCAAUCUUGCAUUCAUUGAUUUCUGAUGACAAUGAGCAGCGUCGCAUCUUUCAAAAACCUCCGGAAGGUUACAGACGCAUUAUACUUUCCACAAAUAUUGCUGAAAGUAGCAUUACUGUGCCAGAUGUAAAAUAUGUGAUAGACUUUUGCCUCACAAAACUGCUCAUAUUUGAUCCUGUAACUCAUUAUCAAAGUUUACAACUUUGUUGGGCGAGCAAGACAAAUUGCAUUCAACGAGCUGGUCGCACAGGUCGUGUAAUGGAUGGGAGAGUAUAUAGAUUAGUGCCAAAAUUAUUUUAUCUCAAUAUUUUGGACAACUACAGUACACCAGAAAUACUUCGCGCCCCGCUCGCCAAUGUCGUUCUUCGUGCCAAAGUCCUUGAUCUCGACGAGCCACGUGUCCUUCUUUCACAUGCUCUUGAUCCACCGACUCUCUCUAAUUUGGCAAAUACCAUUUUGAGCCUGAAAGAGGUCGGAGCCUUAAUAGAUGAAAACAAUUCUUAUCACAUGUUUGAUGGAAAAUUAACUGAUCUCGGGAAUAUAAUGGCACGUCUUCCGCUCGACAUACGUAUUUCAAAAUUAAUUAUGUUGGGCCACGUUUUUGGCGUUUUACGAGACGCUAUUAUUUUGGGAGCCAGUAUGGCCGUUAAGAGUGUCUUCCGUAUAGAGCAAGGCCAUGCUACAAUGUCUUGUUAUAUGACUCGUAAAAAAUGGGCCCGCGAAUCUGAUAGCGACUGCAUUGCCACUUUAAAUGUUUAUAGGAUGUGGCAGAAUGAAAAAGCAAAUCGUCGAUUAAACACUUAUCAAGCUGAAAAACAAUGGGCUCAGAGAAACGGAUUCAACCCAAAAGCUUUGCGUGAAUUGGAUGCUCUGGUGAACGAAAUUACUAAUAGAUUAGAAAAAUUGAAAAUUAAAGAAAGUACAGGAAUAAAUAAAGUUAUCUGGCAAGGUGCAGAUCGCGAUUUCGUGCUUCAAGUUGUUCUUGCUGGAGCUUUCUAUCCUAAUUAUUUUGUUAAACGUUUGCAAAAUCGAGAAAUUUAUAAAGACAAUGUUGCAACGCUUUUGGGCAUUUUAGAUCCCAUGAAGACAAUUUUUUUAAGAGGUUGGAUAAUAAAUCAGCCUGGAUAUUUAUACGCUAAGAAACUGCAAGAGAUUUUUUCCAAACAUUUAGGGAUUCCGCAAAAACAGAUAACAAUAUCCUUUGAUGGAUCACAACGUGUUUACGUCCAAUUUCGUGAAAAGGAAAUGACCGUUGAUGACAGCCUUCAAAAAGUAUCAGAGUUUGUUUAUCAGGCUAUUAAGAUGAGGCAAAACAAUAUACCGAUUGAAAUAAAGUUGUUGAAUGUAAAAGAAGCACAUAAGAGGGCGAAACAAUAUGAUCCCUCUAAAUUCGAACGGUCUCUUUUCUUUCGUAAAGGUUUAAAAGAAACAGAAAAUGAUGUUCCUAAAAUUAGACCAAAAUUGCCAGGACUUGAUGUAACUUCUAUACCUCUGUUUAUGCAAAAUAUUAUUAGCCCUGGAUAUUUCUGGGUAACUCUCGAUAACGAUAUUACUCAUAAUGAAUUACAAUUUAUAAAAAGAAAUCUCAAUGAACUUGAUUCUUUGGAAAAAUUUCUUUUUACGCCAAAAGCUUCAACCAUAAUCGCAGCUCCUAUAGAAGAAAAUAACUCUUUGUGUUACCAUCGUGCCAUAAUUAAAGAAUUUGUCUCAGAAGUUGGAGAACUGGUCGACAUUUUCUUUAUCGAUUGCGGUUAUUUCUCUAGAGUACGAUUUAGCGAUCUAAGAAGAAUUAAAAACACUGUAAUCUUGGAAAUUCCUCCUUUAGCAUUUUGUUGUAAUUUGGCUUUUGUGCAACCUUCAAUUCAAAGUAAUCUUUACGGUCAAUGGUCGGAAAAAUCGAAAAAUUAUUUUGAAGCACAAAUCAAGGAAAGCAAAAAGAUGUUUGGAAAAAUUUAUUCAAUUGUUGAUAGCAUUAUUAAUUUAGAAUUAAUUGUUGUUAAUGAGAAAGGAAAAUUUAAUAUUAAUAAAUGUUUGAUUGAAAAAGAAUAUGCUGUGGAAAGGGAAGAAAAAUAUUUAUCAAAGCAUAAUCAUGAAUUAAGAGCAAAUGUUUGUAAUAUUAACACGAUGUCAGUUGAAGAGAAACAGUUUUAUGAAGAGGAACAAUAUGACAAAUAUCAUUUAUUAGAAUAUCCUAAUCCACCUAAAGAAGAAGAUUGCGUGUUUAAGACAAAACUCCAAGGCCCAUAUUCUCCCUUGGAAAUGGAGUUGAGUCAGUUAAAUUUAAAUGAAAAAAUGACAAAGAUAAAUAUAGAUGCGAAUUCCGUCAAUUCCGUUCUUUUGGAUAACGAUAUCAACCAAUCGAGACGUCUUUUAGUCGCUCAGAGCACUAAUCAGACCAGUAAAAAUUCUUUAGUACUAAGAAAUACCACUCUUUUGCCGAAUAUUCCCGGACUCGCAGCAUUGCUUGCACUGAGUUUUGCACCGCGUAUGGAGUUGAGAUGCAAUUCUCACAGGACUUAUUACACAGGGGCUUUAUGUGGUUUGGGCCCGAUGAAUGAUCGUAAUGAUCGGGCUAUAUUUCCCGAUCAUGAUUUGGAAAUUCAAUUUGACAUAAAAAUUACAAUGAAUGAUAUAAAAGAGAUAAAUAAAUUGCGCUACUGGAUGAAUAUCGGGAUGCGAUUUGAUAAUGCCAAUGAUGAGGAUAUUAUAUGUUGUCAAAACGAAAUCAAACACAUUUUGCUCGAGCUAAGAGAUAAACAAAGAACGCCACUAAAUCUAGAGGACGACGAGAUCAAUAGUUUUAAUAAUAAAUGGAAUCAUUACAAAAAACAUUUAUUGCCAUCCGUUCGAGAAACUACGAGUGAAUGUGACAUAUAUCCGUUACAUAAGGCGUUGGAACUACACGAAAUAAAUGAACAGACGGAGGAGAUGCUGAGGCAUCUUUCGCAAUUACAACAGCUUGCCUUGAAAGAUAUACGCAUGGAGAGAAACGUGAAGGCUUUUUGUAAAUUAUGUGAAACGGAAACUUUUGGUCUACUGGAAUUGCGUGGUCAUCUUUAUUCAGAGAAACAUAUAAAGAAAGAGAGACAAUCGGAGCUUCAUUUAAAACUGGUUCAAGUGUUAAUGAGACAUGGAGAACGGACGCCGUUACUUAAAGAAAUGUAUCCCAAGGACCCGUAUAAUGUAUCGAUUUAUGAGCCAUGGGGUCUUAGCCAAUUAACUAAUCAAGGAAAGCUGACGGAAUAUCGAAUUGGCACAAUGUUGAGGCAACGUUACGACAAAUUUCUGGGAUCGAUCUAUCAUCCGCAAGAUAUCUACGCUGUCAGCACGGAUAUUGAUCGCACGAAAAUGUCUUUGCAAUUGAUGUUAGCGGGAUUGUAUCCUCCAGACACAACACAAUUGUGGAAUCCGGAUUUACCGUGGCUCGCCAUUCCCACGCAUUAUACGCCUGAAAAAGUAGACAUAUUGUUCAAAUCUUACAAAUGCCCAGUAUACAAAGCAGCUCUAGCAGAAACGAAGAAGAUGGAAGAGGUCCGGAAUAAAACCGUAUUUUACGAAGACUUUUAUAAAUUUUUGAGCGAAAAAACCGAAUCAACCAUCGAAGAGUUGCUAAAUCUUUACAAUUUGUUAACAGCACAAAAAAAUAUGAAUCUUACUCUACCGGAGUGGUGCACCGAUGAUGUCUAUCAACGGAUAAAAGAUGUAGUCAUGUUAGAAUACGACAUCCUCUCAUACACGACUCAGCUGAAGCGAUUGAAUGGUGGUGCGUUGAUUAAGAAGUUCAUCAACAACAUUAAUAAACAAUCAAGUCGUAAGAUGUACGUGUACAGUGCCCACGAUACGAAUAUCGCGGCGUUCGCCAAGGCUCAGAAUAUCAGCGAACCGAAAAUACCAGAUUAUGGAUCCACAUUCCUAUUUGAAAAGCUGCAAGAUGAUUCCGGCAAGCUUUUUGUCAGGAUUUUUUUCUGGACGGGCAUUACGGAAAAGUUGUUGCCUAUCAAGCUGACAGAUUGCGACGAAACUUGCCCUCUAGAAACAUAUUUAAAACUUGUACAGGAUGUGAUACCUUCGGAGAUUGAGAUGAAUUGCCUUUGGGACAAAAUAACCAGAGAAGAACUGUUGAAGAUGUUUGAUGAAAAGCUCUAUUUCAAUUAAUAAAAUUUUAUACGGAUUAAAUAUUGUGUGAUAAAAUAAAAAUGCAUUCUUUUAUAUAUUAUAAUAAAUAUUUUUGUAUAGAAAGUGAAAAUUUUGGAGAUAAUUAAAAGAAGCAAUAUAUUUUAUUAAAUUAUAUUAA